UUCGGGAGAACCCUAGCUACUUCCGGUUCCGACCUGCGCCAUUUUGAUCAAACAGCGAGGAAGAGAAGCAGUUUGGAUCAGCGAAAUGGAUUUUAUGGAUUUAAAUUGAAGUUUAACGUGGAUACGCAACUUUCGACCCAACGUGAUGGAAAAUGGCGGUCUGAUGAAGAGGAAUCUUUGCGCCCUGACGACCUAACGGUUGCAUCGGUUAGGUCAUUCGACGGCGAAUUUAGGCAUCAUUGUUAGCAUAGCGCCGUUAACCAGUAACGUUAGCUGUUGAUAGGCAAGUGGUGGUUUCGUGUUGUUUUGAGUGGCGAGGUAACGUUAGCUAAUUUCGGGGUGUAGCAUGCUAGCCUUGACGUUAGCUAACUAGCUAAUUUAGCAUUUAAACAGUAUUACCAUUCCAGAAACAGUUCGUCACGGUCCAUUGGCGAUAACGUGCCAUUUGUGGACUCGGGGAAGAUUUCACACCGUUUUCCUGGACUUUUUGUGGAGCUCGCUAGGGUUUGUCUUGACGAGUAAGAACUGUACGAACAAGGCUAACACUCAAAGACUCAUGCUCUGGAAACUCCAGGCCCGCUGCUAGCUACGCCUACGAAUUGUAGCGCAGAGGCCCGGGCUUUCCACCAAAGACUCUUCACAGAAGGACAUGGCCUCAUUCACACCCGUGUGAUAGAUUUGCGUUGUGCCGAAUGGACUCUCGUGUUUAAUCGGACUUUAAAAGAACUGGCGAGGCACAAGACGCCGCUCAAUGGCGCCCUGGCCUCACAUCUCGAUUUUUUUUUAUUGGCAAUAACAAGGACUGUUUCGCCCUUCUGCGAGCCGAACCCUUCCCCUACACCCACCUCCUGUUGUCUACAGUGUGUCGGCGAAUAUAAAGAACGUUUUCACAUUAAAGUCACCAGAUUUAGCUGUGUUCAGUGUUGACGCUGUUUUUAUUUUGUUAUCAUACCAGGCCUGUGUCUUUUUUUUUUCUUCUUGUGCUUGAUUGACUUAAGUGCUUAGACCUGUUAAAAUGUCGUGUGUUCACUAUAAGUUCUCUUCCAAACUGGACUACAACACUGUCACUUUCGAUGGGCUCCAUAUUACCCUCAACGAGCUUAAAAAGCAGAUUAUGGGCCGAGAGCGCCUCAAGGCCACAGACUGCGACCUGCAGAUCACCAAUGCGCAAACUCUAGAAGAAUACACCGAUGAUGAAGUGCACAUCCCAAAACACUCGUCUGUGAUCGUCCGUCGCACUCCGCUUGGUGGAGUAAAACCUGCUGGCAGGACGUUCAUUGUAGAUCGUUCUGACACAGCUGUGGUGGGAUCUUCUAGACCCACGGAUUCUUCUCCAUCUAUGUCGCUCGCCCAACUUGCCAAGACUGCUAACCUGGUUGACGCUAAUGCAUCGGAGGAGGACAAGAUUAAAGCCAUGAUAUCUCAGUCCAAUCAUGAAUAUGACCCAAUGCAUUACUCCAAGAAGGCGGUUGGACCUCCACCUGCUCACUAUACCUGCUUUCGUUGUGGAAAAGCUGGUCACUACAUUCGGCAGUGCCCCUUGCUGAUGAUCCAGGAUAAGAGUGUGGAGGGCACCAAGCCGGUGAGGAUCAGUAAGGGCAUUCCUCAGAGCUUCAUGGUGAAGGUAGAGCCGGGCACCAAAGGGGCCAUGUUGACCAGCACUGGAGAAUAUGCUAUACCUGCGAUAGAUGCGGAGGCAUAUGCACAAGGAAAGAAGGAGCGCCCUCCGUUUGUUCCACAUGACCAGUCUUCAUCUGAGGACGAUACAGACCCGAUCCCCGAUGAACUCCUGUGUCCCAUUUGCAAUGACCUGAUGACCGAUGCCGUGGUUAUACCGUGCUGUGGAAACAGUUACUGCGAUGAUUGUAUUAGGACGGCCCUGUUGGACUCUGAGGAGCACACCUGCUUCACAUGCAAACAGUCUGACGUUUCACCCGAUAAUCUCAUCGCCAACAAGUUUCUUCGACAGGCGGUGAACAACUUUAAGAAUGAGACGGGAUACACCAAACAUGUUCGCAAGCAGCUGCAGAAUGCCGCCCCGCCCCCGCCUCGCCCUCAGUUGGUCAGGCCGCUGCAUUCAAGACAGCAGGACCCACUGAUGGCUCAUAUCGCUCACCCUCCUUCCACAAGCGCACCCGCCACUGCCCCUCCAGUACAGGCCCCGCCCCCAGCUCCUGCAACAGCCCCUACGUCAGCCCCUGCACCUGCACGAGAACCCUCUCCUGCUCCGGCUGCCUCUGCUGCUACUUCUGCUCCUACCCCUCCUCAUGCUGCUGCUACUACUGAAGAACGAGAUGAUUCACCAGCACCUGCUGCCGACCACCAUUCUCCUAUGCACUCCACCAGUCAUGGGGAGCCACCCCCACCGGGUGAGACAAAUCCAGAACCUACUGUGAGACCGGACUCAUCAGGAACCUCAAACUAUCAUUUAAAUGCAAUGGGUCACCCACCACCUAUUAGACCGCCUCAUCCACCAGGUCACCAGUCCCGACCACACCAGCCUCUCAGAGGGGGAGGCGGCAGACCGUGGGAGAGGUUUUACAGAGGAAGAGGAGACCACCCAUCCACUCACCUCCUCACAGCGCCACCGCCUGCACCUCAACCUCCAGUGUACCCAGCUCCGUCCAUGUACCCGCCCCCGCCCCAGUCCUAUCCCCCCCCCUACACCUCUGGCCCCGGCCUUCUCCCUCCUGUCAUGGGUUACCAACCGCAGCCUAUGUAUGCUCCCGGACCACCAGGGCUAAACCCACCCUGGGUUCCCCCGGGUACCCAGCCCCCUCUUAUGCCUUUGCCCCCCCUCGGUCAGCCCCCCCUCUCUAAGGAAGAUUUCUACAGACAGCGGCACCUCCGACAGGACAAUGUCACAUCCAAACUGGAUGAAUUUACUAAAGACUUCCACAAAGAGCUUAUGAAGUACAGAAAUGCACCAAAGAGACGGAGACCAUCGUAUUCAAGAUCCCGGUCAUACAGUCGCUCUCCAUUCAGCCGCUCUCCUUACUCUCGCUCCAGAUCCAGGUCAAGAUCCCGGUCUUACUCUUACUCUCCCAGUCGAUCCCGCUCGCGCUCCCAUGGCCGGUCUUAUCCCCGCUCCCCUUACUCUAGACGCAACGGCCGCAGCUAUGGACGAUCGCGCUCCAGGUCCCGCUCCAGGUCUUACGGGUAUCGUCGCUCUGGUUCACCGCGAUCCCCUCCCCCGUACCGACCAGGGGGCUGGGAGGGACCGGAAGGGGCGGGGCCGUACAGGUCGCGGUCUCGCUCGCCUGGCCCCGGUGGCUUCAGGACCCGCAGCCCCGGUGGACGAAAGCCGCCUCCUCGAGAGCUCCCACCGUACGAGCUGAAAGGUCCUAGUCCUGGAGGCAAUGAGCGCUGGGAAAGAGAGCGGUAUCGGCAGUGGGAGAAGGAGUAUGCCGAUUGGUACAACCAGUACUACAAAGACUACGACAACCCGCAUACCUCAAUGCAUCACAGAGGUCGCGCCAGCAGAGACCGGGAGAGGGACAGGAUGUCCCCGUUAUCGAGAAAUUACUCCCCCCAGGGGAGAGGAAGGCGAGGAAGAGAGGAGAGAGGGCCUCCCCCUAACCAACCUCCAUCCUCUUCCUCAUCAGGGGCGAAGUCCAGCGCUAAGGUCCUGAAGCCAAAGAAAGUCAAAAAGAGAAGAACUGGGGACGAAUCCGAGGGAUCGCAUCAGUCCGUUGACCGAGGAGAUGCGACUCCCGUCAGAGACGAGCCGAUGGACGAAAUCCCAUCCCUCGUUAUAACGUCUCCCAUGUCCUCGAAGGCUUCAGUUGGAGCCGCAACCUCUAAAGCUCCAGCUUCUAAAAGCACCGCUACACCCGUUAAACCCUCCACCAAGUCAACAUCAAAGACUCCGUCUGAUCGGAGUAAGAAAGACAAAGGCCAGAAGGUAAAAGCUAAGGUGAAGACGGAGAGCGUGAAGGGAAAGAGUGAAAAGGGGAAGAAAAGGCCCGGAGAAGGUGUGGCUACCAAAAAAGACUCCUCGUCCUCCUCCUCCUCUGGCACAAAACCUCUAAAGGCCAUUAAAACCAAACCAGAAGACCCCCCCAACUCCACCCCUAAAAAGGAAAAGGCUAAGAGCGCUGCAGUAAGGCCAGGCCUCCUUAAGACCCCCCCUCAGUCCUGCCAGAGCCUGCCGCUGCACCAUUCAACACUUCACGACGGCCCUCGAUCUGGCCACGACAUGCGGGGGAGAAGAGACCUUCCUCAGGGUGGUGGGCUCCUUCCCACCCCCCAUCAACACGGGCUGCAGCUCCUCCACAGGCCUCCCUCCCCCGACACUCGGCGGAGGAUGGGAGAGGAGGGCCGCUCUUUGCUCGGACCCCCUCCCGGAAAGCUGAGGAGAAUAGACGGGCUAGUGGUUGGAUGUGAUGUCCUCUCCCACUCGCACAUCUCUCAUCAGCCCCCGCUGCACAGACUGCCACCCCCCUCAGACAGGCCGGGUCUCCUUCCCAUACCCGGGAGCCGUGAUAUGGGCCGAGGAGAUGCGGAUCGAGGAUCCAUCAGACCUCUGAUGGACCUUCAGGUGAAGCCACUGACCCAGAGGAGGAUCAAGUUGAACAGAGACUUGGGCAGAAAGAGCAGCACCGGGACGCCCGCGGACAGGGCGCCCUCUGCUUCCGAGAAGACCACCUCCACCUCAGACCGAUCGGCCACUGCUAACCUCUCCGAAGGAGACCGUCCCGUCAGCACGGCGGACGGGGCUCUUAGAAAGGAGCGCUCGGCAUCUGCAGAGAGGGGAGUCUGCAGAGACAGACCAGGAAGUGCUGGAGAGAGACCGCAGGGUUCAGACAGGGAGCCGAGUAGAAGCUCAGGACUGGACCGAGAGCGGGACCGAGCCUCAGGAUCCGACCGAGCCGUGAUGUCUGACAGAGACAGGGAACGGGAACGGGACAGAGACAGGGAUCGGGAACGGGACAGGGACAGGGACAGGGUCUCCAGCUCCCAGAAAAUGGCUGUUACCGUGGAGAGAGACCUCGAAGGAGAGAGGUCGACGAGGGCCGAGCGAAAGAGCUCCAGCGCGGGAGGGAGGUCCGUCUCUCUGGAUAAAAUGACCAUCGCGGAGAAGUCGUCGUCCUCUAAGAGCUCGACGGACGCUGAGGAGAAGCCGAGCACCUCGUCUAAGGAGAGGGGCGACGGGUCAGAGCGAUCUGCUAAAUCCCACAGGAGUGCGUCCAAGGACAAAACUGAGAGGAGUGUCCCCUCAGGAGAGAAGCCAGCUGCCGCCCACAGAGAAGCAGUGAAAGAUGCAGAGGAGCCGUCUGUGAAGAGUAAACCCAGGAUCAGCAGAAAGGCCCCGACGAGCCACACCGCCAGCUCCUCCAGGUCUGCUCAAGAAACAAAGCGAGACUCUGACAAGGAUCAGAAGAGUGCAUCCUCCAAACCUGCAGAGCAGCUCCCGCCCAGCCCCGUGAAGAGCAUCAGCCCGGAGCCCGUCGCCCACAGCGAGGAGCCGCUCAUUCAGCCUCCUCCUCGCUCCAAGUGGGAAAGGGAGGACGAUGAAGAAGGCCUGGAGAAUGGGCCCAGUGCGCCCAAGGAGCCCUCACCUGUGCCACAGAGGAGCCGAGGCAAAGAAGGGCAGACUGAGGCACCUAAACCGGUGAGGAGUGAAGGCCGAGAGUCUUCCCGGGAGGAGAGGCGAGGACCGGCGAGAGAGGAGAAGAAAGGGAGAGCGCCGAGGGAGGAGGGCCGAGGUGGCAGGACGGCACAGACGAGUUCCGACAAACCGAGCAAGGCUAAACUUGUUAGGGAGGAGGGCAGAGGAGGGCGAGAGGAAGGGAGAGCUGCAGCCAGAGAGGAGGGCCGAGGUGGAGCGAGAGACGAGGUGCGGGGGGCGUCGGCGAAGGAGGAGAGAGCCGCAGAAGGCCGAGGAGGAGGAGGAGGAGGACGAGAGGAGAGCCGCGGCCUGGAGCCCAGGAGACAGCGAUUGUGCUCGGACCUCGGCCUCGCCACCGACGAAGCGGCCUUCGUGCCCGACUACAGCGAGGGCGAGGGCUCCGAGGCGGAGAGAGGGAGGAGCGGCAGCGCCAGUCUGUCCGCCAGCCAGCCCUCCAGCCCCACCCAGAGCGCCCACAGCGGCUCGGCGGCCGCCAGCGCCGCCACCGCGGCGGACAAGAAGAAGAAGAAACACAAGAAACAUAAGAAACACAAGAAGCACAAGAAGCACGGCCCGCAUAUCAAGGAGGGAGAACACAAGGAGAACAAGCACAAACACAAGAAGAAGAAACACAAAAAGAGCAAAGACAAAGAUGUGGAGGAAGAGGAGAGGCCGGAGAAAGCCGUGGAAGGGUCUCCACACUAACGCUAGGUGUGGGCGGGUGUCAGCCUUUUGUUAAUAAAGAGAUAAUGAUGUAUUCUACAAACAUGGACUAACACUGGCGUGCUGCUUCGGGCGAGGCGGGUCCGUCGUUCACGGAGCGGGACUUUGUUGUGCCUGGAUUCCAGCAUCAUGACCGCUGCUGAGGCUUCUUUAAUGUUCAAUGUGAGACUUUGGGUCACAGAAAGCUCUGGAUCGGCGGGGACCGACACCCCCCCCCCCCCCCCCCCCCCUCCCACCCGACCUCCCGCUCCCAGCAGAAAGGACUUAACGAUGAUGAGGGAUCCGCAGCAGUGGGUUUAAAUGAACACUGUACUCAGGGAUGUGAUUGCUUCUUUGUAGAGGAGGAAUUGCUGUUUCUCUGUCUGAUUCAUUUGUAAAUAGAAAUUAGCCGUUGCUUCACAUAAUAAUUUCCCUCCUGUUUGUUUUGGCUCACAUCCCUUUGUGCUGUUUAAGGCUUAAAUGCCGAAUAACCUUCUUCGCAGGGUCUUUUUUGUUUUCUUUUUCCUUUUUUUUAAGGACUGAGUUAGUCUGUUUGCAUGUUUUAGUACAUCGAGUAGAAAUAGUUUCUGCUAUUUCCAACAUUGAUGAUCAUUUCUGGGUAGCAAUUGGUUUCAGUCACGCCACUAGUUAUGAUGAAAUAAAGGUAACAAAUUAUUCGUUUUUCCAAGGUGAUUUACUCACAACCUGAAUUUGAAAUCGAGUAGUUGUCCUUGCAAACUGUUUGUCAUAUUAUUGAUCAAUGUGCUAAAGCCGACACAAUCUCAAGUUUGGUAUUUUUCAGUUGAAUUAAAUCUGUAUGUAUCCAUUCUACACUGGAUUGUAAAAUCUAGGAUGUGUUGAUUAAUGUCAAAUCAGUCUGCAUGUUUUUUUUUCCCCAACCGUGCAGUAGGUGUCCAUCACGUCGUCUGAGUGAGUAAAUGUGUGUGUGUGUGUGUGUG